ACUCUCCGGGAAGCUCUUUACUUCCUGCACUAUCAGGCAGUGUUGUUAUCUUAGCACAAUGAAAAUACUCAGUUUACUAUGCCUUUUUGUAGCAUAUUUGGUUACCGACUGCACAAAUAUUGAGAAAACAGCCGGCCAGUUUUUCAGCAGCGGCCAUACAAACAACUGGGCUGUUCUGGUGUGUACCUCCAGGUUCUGGUUCAACUACCGGCAUGUGGCCAAUUCACUGUCCGUCUACAGGAGCGUGAAGAGGCUGGGCAUCCCUGACAGUCAUAUAGUUCUGAUGCUGGCUGACGACAUGGCUUGUAACCACAGAAACCCCAAACCGGCUACAGUGUUUAGCCACAAGAACAUGGAGCUAAAUGUGUACGGGGACGAUGUUGAGGUGGAUUACCGUGGUUAUGAGGUGACUGUAGAGAACUUUCUGCGGGUUUUGACUGGACGGCUUCCUCCCAGCACCCCUCGCUCCAAACGCCUCCUGUCUGACGACCGAAGCAACAUCCUCAUAUACCUCACUGGCCAUGGCGGUAACGGCUUCCUGAAGUUCCAGGACUCUGAGGAAAUCAGCAAUGUGGAGUUGGCUGAUGCCUUUGAGCAAAUGUGGCAGAAAAGAAGGUACAAUGAGCUGCUCUUCAUCAUCGACACCUGUCAGGGUGCCUCCAUGUAUGAGAGGUUUUACUCCCCAAACAUAAUGGCUUUGGCCAGCAGUCAGGUCGGGGAAGACUCUCUGUCGCACCAGCCAGAUCUGGCCAUAGGAGUCCAUUUAAUGGACCGUUACACCUUCUACCUGCUGGAGUUCCUGGAAGACAUCCACCCUGCGAGCAAAGCAAACAUGAACGAUCUGUUUAAAGUUUGCCCCUCAAGUCAGUGCGUGUCCACUCCGGGUCAUCGCACUGACUUGUUCCAGAGGGAUCCGGGAAGCGUCCUCAUCACAGACUUUUUCGGCAGCGUCCGCAAGGUUGAGAUCACCACUGAAGCCGUAAACUUAACAGACCCUAUUAAGCAAGUCGAGGAGAGCCCUGCGAAUGGAGAGCAGCGUGAAGAGAUCUACUCGUACGUGGAACAGCUGCCGGUAUCUGAGAUCAUCCAUCAGAAACCAAAGCAGAAAGACUGGCAUCCUCCUGAUGGCUUCAUCCUGGGCCUGUGGACUUUAAUCCUCCUGGUGUUUUUCAAGACCUAUGGUGUUAAACACCUCAAACACAUCUUCUAAGGACUUGGCGCCGGCACAGCUCGACAUCUGAGGACCUGGUAGUCUUUUCUGAAGGGAUGUUUGGGGAGGAAGGCACAGCUUGUGAUGGGUUCAUAUACCUGAAUAUCUGGGAAAAGGAACAGCAGAAACUACUGAUUUCUACAAAACUCCAUAAAACUACUGGUGCCUUUUCUGUUCUUUAAUUUUGUUUUUUUGUUUGUUUUGUGUGCAAGAGACUUAAAAAGAUGUGGUACCCCAGUAAUAUAUCUCAAAUGUUUCCUUGAGCAUGCAUUUUAGGUGUGGGGAUUAUUUCUUCCAAAUGGCCAAAGAAGCAGCUGCUGUAGCUGUUUUGAAAGGCAAACUCCUGCUAAAAAUAAUUGUCCUUUUUUUGUUUUAGAUAUUCAAUUUUUCUGGAAGUUGUUGACAAGUAAAUCAAACAUUAAAAUGUCUCCUAACAAUCUGACGAUGAAUUAUUUUCCUAAAUAUUUAUAAAUCAAAAUUUAUGAAAAUAAAA